CCCAUAAUGCAGUGCGGAGGCCGUUUCCUGUGGUCGGGAGAGAGCCGUCGGCGCACACGAGGACUCGCGUUGAGCGCUGAGUCGGACCUCUUUCCGCUGCGUCGCCCUGCGAAGCCGGCUCGGUUUUACCUGGAAGACGGAAGGGCGCUUUUCGCGUGUGGGAACCGGCAGGGAGCUGCUUUUAAACGCUUUUAAAAGGAGGCGACCCAGAUAAAAAGGCGCACCGGGCCGGGUGGUUAUAAAACUGUGGAAGUGCGCAGUGAAAUAGCGAGCCAGCGAUGGAACCCAUAGACAGUGCCCCCGACUCCUGGGAGCAGGAGGACGACAGCGAGGCCCCGGUCGACGUGCCGCUUCGAGCCGCUCUCGGCGCCCUCAACGUCCACGCCGCCGAGUUCGUGCCGGGUUUUCGCCAGAUGGUCCCCACCGAAGAGCCCGGCCGCCGCGGUUCCGAGACAGUCAACUCUACGGAAGCGUCAGAACCCGCUGCUCCCCUGGAGAAUGGCGAGACGGGGGUGGCCACAGAGGAGACGUGGGAGCAGAAGGGGGCGGGACCCAGUGAGGCGGAGCCGGGAGGCGGCCCCGUGGGCGACGGGGGCACAGUUGGUCCAUCUGCAGAGGAGGAUGAAGAGGAGCCCCUGAUGGAGGAAGAGGAGGAGGUGCCAAAGCCCAAACUGGCCCCUGCCCUGCCAGAUGCGCCCAAGAAGGAGCACGUCAACGUUGUCUUCAUUGGACACGUGGAUGCUGGCAAGUCCACAAUCGGAGGCCAGAUCAUGUACUUAACAGGCAUGGUGGAGAAGCGAACCUUGGAGAAGUAUGAGAGAGAGGCCAAGGAGAAGAACAGAGAGACUUGGUACCUCUCCUGGGCCCUGGACACGAACCAGGAGGAACGGGACAAGGGCAAGACGGUGGAGGUCGGCCGGGCCUACUUCGAGACUGAAAAGAAGCACUUCACCAUCCUGGAUGCCCCAGGACACAAGAGCUUCGUACCCAACAUGAUUGGCGGGGCGUCGCAAGCCGACCUGGCCGUGCUGGUGAUCUCGGCCCGCAAAGGCGAGUUCGAGACGGGCUUCGAGAAGGGUGGCCAGACGCGGGAGCACGCCAUGCUGGCCAAGACUGCUGGCGUGAAGCACCUCAUCGUGCUCAUCAACAAGAUGGACGACCCUACGGUCAACUGGAGUCUGGAGAGGUACGAGGAGUGCAAGGAGAAGCUAGUGCCAUUUCUAAAGAAGGUUGGAUUCAACCCCAAGAAGGACAUCCACUUCAUGCCCUGCUCUGGACUGACGGGUGCCAAUCUGAAGGAGCCUGCUGAGCUCUGCUCCUGGUACACAGGGCUUCCCUUCAUCCCCCAUCUGGACAGUCUGCCAAACUUCAACAGAUCCAGCGAUGGCCCAGUCAGGUUACCCAUCGUGGACAAGUACAAGGACAUGGGCACCGUGAUUCUGGGGAAGCUCGAGUCGGGCUCCAUCAGCAAGGCGCAGCAACUGGUGGUGAUGCCGAACCGGCACACUGUGGAGGUGCUCAGCCUGCUUUCGGACGACGUGGAGACAGAGGACGCGGGUCCUGGGGAGAACCUCAAACUGCGGCUGAAGGGCAUCGAGGAGGAGGAGAUCCUGCCCGGCUUCAUCCUCUGCACGCCCGAGAACCUCUGCCACUCGGGACGCACCUUCGAUGCACAGAUUGUCAUCAUCGAGCACAAGUCCAUCAUCUGUCCCGGUUACAACGCGGUGCUGCACAUCCAUACCUGCAUUGAAGAAGUGCAGAUCACGAAAUUUGCAAACUAG